AUGAAAGGCGCUCAGUUUUUGAAGAUGCCGUGUGUGCGUGUUUUACUAGUUCUCGUGAGGGUAUUUUUUGUCCAUCUGCCUUCUUUUGCUUUUGGGGAUGCGUUUCCUGUGAAUGGUGCGCGAGGAGGUAACAGCCAGGGCUACAAUACCGAUGGCAUGCAUCCUAUUCAAGCUGAGAUGCUUCCUUAUGUGCGUGACAUGAUUGACCACGCGUUUGGUUCAUACAUCAAAUACGCCUUUCCCAAAGAUGAAUUGUGUCCUGUGAGUGGUACUGGGAAGAAUACGAUGGGUGGCUAUGGCUGGACCCUUAUUGACUCUCUCGAUACACUAGCAAUUGCCGGGUUUCACAAAGAAUUUCGUCGCCACGCGAAGUGGGUGGAAGAGCACUUGACCUUCGAUAUUGACGAAUCAGUGUCGGUAUUUGAGACGACUAUUCGAGCUCUUGGAGGUCUUCUGGCUGCUCACUUCAUGUACGAGGAGGGCAUAGUCCCAAUUAUCCCUUCGGAGCACGACUACAACGGCGGGUUCUUGCGGCUCGCUGUGGAUCUUGCAGAUCGUCUGAUGCCCUGUUUUGACACGCCCACUGGGAUACCAUAUGGAAAGGUUAAUUUACGCCGUGGGGUUAGUGGUGGGGAAUCGCAGCUGGCCAACACGGCCGGUUCUGGGACGUUGUUAGUGGAGAUGACGGUACUGUCGAGGAUCACAGGCGAUGGAAAAUACGAGCGUGCGGCGCGGCGUGCAUCUGAGGCUCUUUUUGCGGCCAGAGAUUCUCAAACUGAGCUUAUGGGGACGUAUGUGUCUGUGAGUAGUGGCGGUUUUUCCUCUUCGGAGUCUUCUGUGGGUUCUGGAUUAGACAGCGCCAUUGAAUACUUUAUCAAAUCACAUAGUAUGAGUGGGGACAUUGGGGACUGGGAGCGGUUCGAGAGGACUGCGAGAGCUGUGAACCGCUAUGUGCGGAAGGGUGGAAUGCUGCUAGCAGCUAGCAUGUAUAGUGGACGGCGGCUGCAGACGUCCCAGGAAUCUUUGUCAUCAUUUUUUCCUGGGAACUUGGUUCUUGGCGGCCAUCUCCACGAGGCUGUAGAAAGUUCGUGGCCAAUUCAUACGUUCUUCAAACAUUUUGGCGUUCUGCCGGAGAUAUUUUCCUUGGAAUCUGGCGAGCCGUCGUGGAGGUCACAUGACUACAUUGGUCGACCUGAGCAUAUCGAGUCUCUGUAUAUGCUUUACCGUGCAACACGAGAUCCUACAUACCUCUUGAUGGGAAAAGAACUGGCACUGGCCAUUAACUUGCGUAUGCGCACACCAUAUGGGUUUUCUUCCGUAAGUGAUGUAAGGUACCCGCAUCAUGAUGGUGUUCACAGAGACUCGAUGGAGAGUUUCAUGAUCGCGGAGACCCUGAAAUAUUUGUAUCUCUUGUUUGACGAGUGCAACGCUGUUCACGUGCAGGGACGGAUGGGCGGUCGCGCCUCACCGCAUUGUGUUAUGGACAGCGGUAGCGGCAGUAGCGUCAGCCACGUGGGGUGGGUUUUCAACACUGAAGCUCAUCUGUUUCCUAAUUCUGCCGAGUGGUGGGCGCCUACUUCCUUGGAGACCUUGGACAAGGAGGCUGAGGAUCCCGCUGCUGCGCUCAGGCGCCAGCGUUUGGAGGUAAUUGACGGUUUGCUCGCGAGUUUUGAGGAAGUGGACGGUGAGGUUGUUGGGGCGAAUGAUAAGGGUGGUGCAGCCCUGUACCAGUUCCACUGUGCCAAUCACGCCCUGAGUGAUGUAGGGAGGCUGUCGAAGUCUGUGUUUCGAUAA